UAGUCUAAAAUGGCGAACGUUCAGGUAAAGGACAUCCGAAAAGAUAAACGUAAACAGAAUUAUGAUUCAUGUAAGGCUGCUCUUGAUCAAACAGGCGAGGCCUUGUUGCCUUUUACGGAGGACAAGCUCAAGGAUUUACAUCAGCAAAUCUCACUACAAGUCGGAAAUCAACCUGUUUGUCACCAGCAAUGCAGUAAGGUUAUGCGAGAUGUCAACAGAUGGUGCAUCACCUGUGGAUUGUGGAGACAAGCGUUGUUACGUUUUCAUACAAAUCCGAGGGAACUGGUAUGGCAUAAGCUUCAAUCAUGGGAAUGGCCAAAGCAUCACAUGAACCUAGUUGAAGUAUAUAUGUGGCAAAAUUGGGGUAAAGCUGAUAUGAAUGCGAGUGAUUUAUCAGUGGCAUUGACGGUGUGGAGAAAGUGUUCAGUCUUUCCUGCCACAAUAUUGCCUUUGGCUGAUAAACUUAAAAAGAGCAGAAACAAGAUAGCUCAUGGAAAAUCGCUAGAUGAAAACGAAAAACAAACUGUAUUUAAUAACAUAAAGCAGGUUAUUCAACACGCAGAUGUGGUUAAGUGCUUACAGAAUCCCAACGAAAUACUAAAAAUUAUCACCGACCUUGAAAAUGGUAAUCUUUUUAAAUCUGAAAAUCGUACUAUUCAUUGGAUUUUCAUUGCAGCGUGCAUCAUUGUGCCAAUUGCACUGUUUCAACCAGGGAUUAUUAUUUAUUGUUUAUCGAUGAUCUUCAGUAGACCACAAAUCCAAUCAUCAAUGGAAAAAACGGGCUGUCUGCAGGAGUAUUCGCCUUUGCUUCCAACAUCGCCGCUACUUGUAGAUUAUUUCAAACAGCAUGGACCUCUCGUUGGCCGGGGAUGGCUGUUUCAGUUAUUGGAUGAACAUCUGAAUAAUACCAAGAAAAACGGCAUUCUACUCGAAGCUGGGAUGGGGUACGGGAAAUCUGCUAUUGCUGCUCACAUUACAUGUGCCAAAGAGGGUGAUCAAGGUAUGGAAAUGAGGAAACGUCUUAUUGCUUUUCAUGUUUGUAAAUUUGAUGUCAAGAAAACACACCAGGCAGGAGUCUUCAUUCAACGACUAGUUUCAAUGAUCUCAAACAAUAUUCCAGAAUUUAACGAUACUAUUAACGACUGUUUACAUUCCUUCAAUACCGAGCAAUGCGAUUCCGACCCAUUUGGUUGCAUAGAUGAAUGUAUCAUUUUCCCCUUAAAACAAACGAAUAUAUCCGAUGAAAGAAAAGGAAACAGGCUUAUUUUAAUCGAUGCUUUGGAUGAAUGCUAUGGAACAUUUUUGUUUGAAAAAAGUAACAAAUUGUUCAAUCUCAUUGAACGCCGUGCACAUAUGCUGCCAAGUUGGAUAAAGUUACUGGUAACGAGUAAAAGGCUAUCACGUAAUGAGAGACUUGAAUAUAAUUUAGACAGAAUUUACUUUCAUAACCUUGAACCCCGGAAUUUAAAUGACAUUGAUCUAUAUUUCAACCAGUCUAAUGCUUCUAGAGAAAAGAGCGUCACGUUUUUCCAGCUUGCCGUUAAUGCAGAUCCUACACAGCCAAACCAAAUGAGCGAUUUGAAUAGCUAUUAUAGAGACCAGUUUGAUAGAUGGUAUGACCACGGGUUUGAUUUGUCAAAAUCCAUUUUGGAAGCGUUGUUGACAACCUCUCUUCAGAAAUAUCCGGACAAUAUAAGAAAAGUGAUUUCAUCAAAUGUCGUCCACAGUGUAUCACCUCCGAUAUUUGAAAAGGAGCUUUCCAUUAUACGACAGUUCACAGACAAAGUUAAUGGCGAAAUUGAGUUCAAACAUUUUUCGUUAGUUAUGUGGCUGCUAGAAAAGUGCCCCCGUGAGUACAGACUUUCCCUUUCUGAUGGCCAUCAAGCAAAUGCGCAUUAUAUUCUGUAUGAACUAAACACAUCUAAUAUAACUUUUGAUGUCACAGAUUUACUUUUACACAUACAUUAUGCUAAAGCGGAUUCAGGUCUACACGAAGAAUUCAUAAACAUACCGAAACAUGUCAUCUUUAAAAUGGAGGAGAAAUUUCAUGAAGGACCUGUGGUAAGAAUAAUUAAAAAAGGAAAAAUGAAAGAAAUACCGGAGGUAUUGUUCCAUCACUUUCCAGGGGGCAAUCACUUUAGUGCUGAAAACAUUUCAGUGGGGUUUAUUGCUGCAGAAAACGGAUAUACUUACGCUUUAAAACAACUGGUAAAUCACGAUGCGGAUAUACACUUUCGCAUGCCAACGUUUUCAAAUAUAUUAACGAUGCAUGACGCUGUAGAGAUAGCAACUAAUUUUAAGCACUGGAAUUAUGGGUUGCUAGACAUAGCAGCACAAAACGGACAUACAGACACAGUCAAACUAAUUUUACACGAUGAUUUAUUCUCCUUUUAUAAGUUACAUGAACGAAACGGAUUAAACCUCUCACCAUGGCAUCUUGCUUGCAUGUUUAAUCGUAGUGAAGUGGUUGAAGUGUUUUUGCAGUUCAAUCGCUCAUUUGUUGACUGGAAAUGUUUGUACUUUGCAGCUGAAAAGGGCAAUAUUGUAAUCGUAAAACUCCUUUUGGAUGCAGGUAUUUAUGACGAAUGUGUGUUAUGCACAAAUAAAUUAUACUGGAUUCCAGAUGGCACAGCUAGAGUACAAGGAAAUAUGAUCCCUGAAAACGAUUCGAUGUACGUUCUCUUUGAUGACUGGAGCGAAUUGGCAUGUGAAUCCGCCUUACAUGCAGCUAUUCGACAAAAUCACCUAAAUGUUGUAAGGGAGUUGUUGAAGGACAGCCAGCAUUCAACGCUUCAUUGUUUUGACCGAGGGGGUCGCCCUGCUUUGAUCGCUGCACUUCAAAAUAAUCGUACUGAAAUGGUUAGACUUUUCCUUCAAGUGAGUAACGCGCACAGAAUAAAAGUACAAUGCCAUAAAAUGGCGGUGUUAGAAGACAAUAUACAAAUACACAACAUAGAAUUGGUAAAAAUGAACACUAUGAAAUGCAAAGCCGGACACGGUAUUGAGCACGCCAUUUCACCGAUGCCUGUGGUAUUACAAAACAUAUUUGAUCAUACAAAGUUUGACUUUAACCGAAGAGACGAAGACGAUUGUUUACCAAUCCAUUAUGCCGCCUGUGGAAACAACGUUGAAUAUCUUCAAUUUUUACUGCAACGUCAUGAGAUGUUGUUUGAAACACUUAUUUGCUUUAAUAACACAAACGCCUUCCAUUCAACGAUUCACUGUAGAGCAUUUGGUACCUUCAUUUACUUUAUUAAUAAUGACACGUUGUCUAAGUCCAGUUUUGGACAAAAUUUUAAAGAAUAUGUGUUGUACCUGCUCAAACUGUUAAAUAACCAAGAAGAAUACGCAAAUAACGCCACUGACAAAAUAUGGAGUGAAAUGUUCAAACUUAUGAUUGAAAAGUUUCACGUUGAUAUUUCAAUGAUGGUAGAUGAUGACGGCAACAAUAUGCUUCAUUACAUCGUAAAGAACGGACAUUUUAAAUUACUUAAAUAUCUGGUAGCAAAGAAGCGCGAUGCCACUUUGGAGUUAUUGCACAGAAGUUCAUUAAACGGAAAGUCACAAAUUACAUAUUUAGCAAAAUACAUGGCUAAGCGCAUGUAUGUCCGAACUGGAAUACCUUUAUAUACAAGUCCACAUUCAAGCCCACAUUCAGUUCAACAAGAACAGAAAAAGCUAUCGUCGAGUGAAUACUGUUUUUCACUAAUAUCGCGUUUUUUGAAUCAAUACGGGAUGUUUAAAAGUGAAGACAAGAUUACCAUUAUGCAACAAUUACUUCGAAGAAAAAGUUAUAAUUUAGUUGACGUUUAUCUUAAGUAUAUCAUUCCAGUAGAUGAAUUAUUCAAGACAACUGUGUUUGCUACUUUUCUGGACUUCGACAACACUGGGUAUGUAACUACAAACUAUCUGUCGUUUCUUCUUCAUGACAUCAAAAUGCAACAGAAGAUUGACUUUGAAAGAUAUGAAUUUGUCCAUUGUUCCACAUGUCAAGAUCUACGUUACAAAUGCUUAGCACAUCAGUUUACACGUAAAAUUGCCCUUUUUCAAGGAAAUUUGAAUAUCCAUUUCGGUGAGGUACAGGAAAUGAUAUAUCGUAAUGUAUUUAAACGUAUGAUUGCAUAUACAGAUACAAGUAUCUUAUCAUCUUGUGUGGAUCAACAGGGUUUGAAUAUUUUAGAGUUGGCUAUAAACAGGAAAUCCUUAAUGUUGAUGACAUUGUUUAGGGACAAAGGUGUUCAAACUAAAUCUCCUGAAGAACUCUUACUCCGCUCCUUUAAGGCGAACGAUCAUAUUGAAAAAAUACCAGUUACUUUAUUGAAUUCCACAUCUCUGCAGUCGGUAGAUCUGGUAGAUAUUCAUUUCCAUACACAUGAACAAAUCGUGCAAAUAUUUAACACAACUACGAAAAAGGGUAAACAAGGUAACGCCGAGUUAUUGUCCCUUAUGAUGCAAAACGAUAUACACCUUCUUAACAUUGCAUGUGUUCUCCGGGAAAGACAUGACCAUUUUUACGCUAGUUUUAUUGGUAUAUAUAGCUCAAAACUAUCGAAACUUUUUAUUUGCAUGGAUCGUUCAGCGAACUUCUCUCUGAUUCACGUGUUGGCUCUACAUGGCUAUUCGAACACUAUUGAAAGAUGCGUGAAGUACUUCGGAAGAAAUAUUCUUGACUGUUUAAAUAUUGAUCAUUUUACGCCAUUAUAUUUGUCCAAAGUUUAUGACAAGACAAAUACAACAUUUAACACUAUUUUAGAAAACAGUCCCAAUAAACAUCUCACAUUUCCUAGAAAACCAGCCGAAAAGCAUUUUCUAUAUAACCUUGUUACCCAAUUCUAUUUUUCGAAAGGCGAACACCGAAAGGCACUGUGCUAUUUGCGAUAUUUAAAUAGACCAAAAAUGAACAUUUAUAAAACUAUAAAACAGUAUAGGUGUUUUAAAUCAAUUACGCAAUACAUUAUCACACCUAAAUCCUAUCAGCUAUUUCUAAAAGAUCUUAAGCUUAAACUGAUUGAGCGUUCUUUAAACGAACUUCGCCAGUCGUUUUUAGACAAAAUGAAUGAUUUGAAGGUAUCCAAUGCUCUUGUCUCUGUUCCAGUUAAGCAAGAAACACCUGUAAGCUUAUCAAACAUGAUGAAACUCAAACGUUUCAUAUGCAUUCACUAUAUGCAUAAUUAUAAACAAUGUUUAAUUCGAAGAAAUAUAAAAGUUUUGUUACAAACCAAACCGGAUGGUUUUACCUCUUUUGAUAAGUAUAUCAUCAGACUGACUCUUUCAAAUCGGUUUGAAUACAUUUGUAAAUAUCACAUGGACGAUUAUGAAUCUGAAAUGUUUCGCACAAAACAAUCAUCUCAGAGUUGCGUCACCAAACAUUUAUUCAAACGGUUUUGUAUUGAUCCAACGAUAUAUUUUCAGAAAUUUCUUUUAAGAAAAGAAUACAUACACUCGCCUGACUUUGAAACAUCAUUUUCCGGACAAAGAUUUAGACAAGUAUUCCGUAAUACAAACGAGUUUAAGAUUUUUUCCGAUAAUGAAGUAUAUAAAUACAAAUAUAUGGAUGCUUUUAGAUACUAUCCAAUUGUUAAAUUUUCUUUUCAGUAUAGUAUAACAGAUCACCAUAAAAAGAUAUUUCCUAAUUUUGAAUAUAUUAACUCGUCUAUGAGUAGUGAAUUAGUACGCAAUGCCUAUACUAAGUUCAAAAACGCACAGGGCGGCGAAUAUUGAUAUUUUACUCUUAAAGGAAGGUGUUUCUCUUUUCGGUGUGGGCAAACUAUAUUUUCUGUUAAUGUUGAAUUCGUAAAAAACUUUAAAAUCAAAAUAAUUCCUAGCCAAAUCUAGCAUAUCGUUGUAUUUUAUGUAGAUAUGUGUUAUAUGAUUAAACUAUGUUUGCUGUCAUCUGAUGAGUGUCCUAUCGUAUGUGUUAUUUAUCAUGAUUAUGUUUGCUGUCAUCUGAUGAGUGUCCUAUCUCUUGUGUUAUUUAUCAUGGUUUAACUAUGUUUGCUAUCAACCGAUAAGUGUCCUAUCAUAUGUGUUAUUAAUGAUGAUUACAGAUGCACUAUUACUCCCAAUAAGAAUUACCAUCUUAAAUACAAUCGUUUUAAUUUACCAAAAAAGGUUUGUAAAUGUCAAAACAAUGGUUCUUAUGAAGGACACUGCGUUUAAUUUGAAAGAAAGGUGUAGAAAACACGGUAUUUGUCCAUAUGUGCAUGAUUUCGUAAUAACUAAAAGGUUUAUCACUCAAACUUUAUGUUUGUUAUACAUGUGUUUGAAUUGAUUUUGAAUAAAAGUGUCACUUUAAAUUAUGUCUGCUGUCAUCUUAAUCGUGUCCUAUCUUUGCUGUCACUGAUGAGUGUCCUUUAUCGUAUGUGUUAUUCAUCAUGAUUAACUAUGUUCGCUGUCAUCUGAUGAGUUUUCUAUCUCAUGUGUUAUCUAUCCUGAUUAAACUAUGUUUUCUGUCAUCUAAUGAGUGUCCUAUCUCAUAUGCUAAUUAUCAUGAUUAAACUAUGUUUUUUGUCAUCUAAUGAGUGUCCUAUAUCAUGUGCUAUUUAUCAUGAUUAAAUUAUGUUUUCGGUCAUCUAAUGAGUGUCCUAUCGUAUGUGUUAUUUAUCCUGAUUAAACUAUGUUUUCUGUCAUCUAAUGAGUGUCCUAUCAUAUGUGUUAUUUAUCAUGAUUAAACUAUGUUUACUGUCAUCUAAUAAAUGUCCUAUCUCACGAUAUUUCAUCAUGAUUAGACUAUGUUUACUGUCAUUCUAUGAGUGUCCUACCUCAUUUGUUAUUGCUCAUGAUUAAACUAUGUUUGCUGUCAUCUGAUGAGUGUCCUAUCUCAUGUGCUUUUUGUCAUGAUUAAACUAUGCUUGCUGUCAUCUGAUGAGUGUCCUAUCUCAUGUGCUAUUUAUCAUUAUUUAACUAUUUUUGCGGCCAUCUGAUGGAUCUUACGGUUAUUCAUCAUGAUUAAACUAUGUUUACUGUCAUCUUAUGAGUGUCUUACCUCAUUUGUUAUUUAUCAUGAUUAAACUAGGUUUGCUGUCAACUGAUAAAUGUCCUUUCACGUGUGCUAUUUGUCAUGAUUAAACUAUGUUUGCUAUCAUCUGACGAGUGCCCUAUCUCAUGUGUUAUUUAUCAUGAUUAAAUUAUGUUUGCUGUCAUCUGGUGAGUGUUCUAUCGAAUGUGUUAUUUAUCAUGAUUAAACUAUGUUUGCUGUUAUCUGACGAGUGUUCUAUCUCAUGUGUUAUUUAUCAUGAUUAAACUAUGUUUGCUGUCAUCUGAUGAGUGUUCCACCUCAUUUGAUAUUGAUCAUGAUUAAACUAUGUUUGCUGUUAUCUGAUGAGUGUCCUUCCUCAUGUGUUGUUUAUCAUGAUUAAUCUUUGUUUCCUGUCAUCAGAUGUGUGUUCUUUCUUAAGAUUUUUUUACCAUGAUUAAACAUGUUUAUAUUGUUGUCAACUGAUAAGUGUCCUAUCUUACGAUUUAUUUAUCAUUAGUAAACUAUGUUUGCUUUCAACUGUAAGUGUCCUAUCUUACGAGUAAUAUAUCAUGAUUCUACUAUGUUUGCUGUCAACUUAUAAGUGUCUUACCUUAUUUGUUAUUUACCGUGAUUAAGGUAUGUUAUGAGGAAUGUCCUAUAUCAUGUGUUAUUCAUCACGAUUAAACUAUGUUUGCUGUCAUUUGAUAAGUGUGCUAUUGUAUGUGUUAUUUAUCAUGAUUUAUCUAUGUUUGCUGUACUUAUGUAUUUCCUAUCUUACGAGUUAUUUAUCAUGAUUAAACUAUGUUUACUGUUAACUAAUGAGUGUCCUAUCUUACGAGUUAUUUAUCAUGAUUAAACUAUGUUUACUGUUAACUAAUGAGUGUCCUAUCUUACGAGUUAUUUAUCAUGAUUAAACUAUGUUUACUGUUAACUAAUGAGUGUCCUAUCUUACGAGUUAUUUAUCAUGAUUAAACUAUGUUUACUGUUAACUAAUGAGUGUCCUAUCUUACGAGUUAUUUAUCAUGAUUAAACUAUGUUUACUGUUAACUAAUGAGUGUCCUAUCUUACGAGUUAUUUAUCUUGAUUAAGCU